AACCGAAGGUGGUUGGAAGAGCAACGUAAAAGCAAAGGAGCAGUGGGUGGAAGCAGAACUCAUUCAAGGAUUUUAGAUAAUGGGCUGUGUGCAAUGUAAGGAUAAAGAAGCAACAAAACUGACCGACGAGAGGGAUGGUAGUUUAAACCAGAGUUCAGGUUAUCGCUAUGGAACAGAUCCUACCCCCCAGCAUUACCCAAGUUUUGGUGUGACUUCAAUUCCAAACUACAACAACUUCCCCACAGCUGGAGGACAAGGAUUGACGGUCUUUGGUGGUGUUAAUUCUUCAUCACAUACUGGUACAUUGCGUACAAGAGGAGGAACAGGUGUAACUCUUUUUGUAGCUCUAUAUGAUUACGAAGCAAGAACAGAAGAUGAUUUAAGUUUUCAUAAAGGAGAAAAAUUCCAGAUACUUAACAAUUCGGAAGGAGAUUGGUGGGAAGCCCGAUCCCUGACUACUGGAGAAACUGGUUAUAUUCCCAGUAAUUAUGUGGCUCCCGUUGACUCCAUCCAAGCAGAAGAAUGGUACUUUGGGAAACUUGGACGAAAAGAUGCUGAGAGGCAGCUACUGUCCUUUGGAAAUCCACGAGGAACCUUCUUGAUUCGUGAAAGUGAAACCACCAAAGGUGCCUAUUCAUUGUCCAUUCGUGAUUGGGAUGAUAUGAAAGGUGAUCAUGUCAAACAUUAUAAAAUCCGUAAGCUUGACAGUGGAGGAUAUUAUAUUACAACCAGGGCACAGUUUGAAACUCUUCAACAACUUGUUCAGCAUUAUUCAGAGAAAGCUGAUGGUUUAUGUUUUAACUUAACUGUGAUUGCAUCGAAUUAUACUCCACAAACUGUCGGAUUGGCUAAGGAUGCAUGGGAAGUUGCACGAGAUUCAUUGUUUCUGGAAAAGAAGCUGGGUCAGGGCUGUUUCGCUGAAGUGUGGAGUGGUACUUGGAAUGGGAAUACUAAAGUGGCAAUAAAGACCUUGAAGCCUGGCACUAUGUCCCCAGAAUCAUUCCUGGAAGAAGCCCAGAUCAUGAAAAAGCUAAAGCAUGACAAACUGGUCCAACUUUAUGCUGUGGUGUCAGAAGAACCCAUCUACAUUGUCACAGAAUAUAUGGGUAAAGGAAGUUUGCUAGAUUUCCUAAAAGAUGGUGAAGGAAGAGCUCUGAAAUUGCCAAAUCUGGUAGACAUGGCAGCACAGGUUGCUGCAGGCAUGGCUUAUAUAGAGCGAAUGAAUUACAUACACAGAGAUCUGCGUUCUGCAAACAUCCUGGUGGGGAAUGGUCUAAUAUGCAAAAUUGCUGACUUUGGAUUAGCAAGAUUAAUUGAAGACAAUGAAUACACAGCCAGACAAGGUGCAAAAUUUCCUAUCAAGUGGACAGCUCCGGAAGCUGCAUUAUAUGGAAGAUUUACAAUAAAAUCUGAUGUUUGGUCCUUUGGGAUAUUACUAACAGAAUUAGUAACAAAAGGGAGAGUUCCAUAUCCAGGUAUGAAUAAUCGUGAAGUCCUAGAGCAGGUAGAAAGAGGAUACAGAAUGCCAUGUCCUCAGGAUUGCCCAAUCUCUCUACAUGAGCUCAUGAUCCAUUGCUGGAAAAAAGACCCAGAAGAGCGCCCAACUUUUGAGUACUUACAGGGUUUCCUGGAAGACUACUUUACGGCAACUGAACCACAGUACCAGCCAGGUGAUAACCUGUAAUUUGGGGGGGGGGGGCUGUGCAGACCGGUUACCAGGUGUUCCAUUUGCAAUUGACAUAGGCUGAAUGGUUCAAGGCUGUAAUCUUAGAGCACCAAAUAUACUGAAGCCAGAAGAUGAGAACUUCUAGAACUGUGUGUCCUAAAAAUCUGAAUAUCUUCUCUGAACAGAAAAGUGAACACGUGGGGGUUUUUUUCUUAAUCAAAGACUUUGAAACUGCAUUGUUUUAAUGUUAUGUAAACUGCAAAAUCUUUGUUCACUGUAAAUAGUAAUUCAGUGCCAAUAAUUUAUCCUAGUGCUUUCCUUUUUUUAAAAAAAAAUGCAGAAUUAUGUGAUUUUAACUAGUUUUCUCCUGAUUCAACUAAAGUAUUAUUUUCCAGAAGUGGCCUCUUUUUGUCUACAUUUUUUCAUGUUCUAACACAAUAAAAUGAGGACCAGUGUUUGGGGGUUUUGUUUUGUUUCUUUUAUAUAUAGAAAUAUGUAAAAUAUAUACAUACCUGUAUAUAUAGUCCACAGGUGCUAUAGCUAAAGGAAAUUCAUUUCAGAAACGGAUUCCAUAAUGCUGAAGCACCCAGAAAGAUUUCCCUCGGGACAUUGAACACUGGUGAUGAUUCCAAAACCAGUGACUGGAUAUUUGGCUUUUGCCCAGCAUGACUUUUUAAAUUGGAUUGCACUGUUUGGUUUUACUAUAUACCCAUAGGUUGUUGUAAGUUUUGAUCUUUCAAAACUCAUGUACAACAUUUCAACAACAUUUGCCAAGUGUGUCGUUUGAUUUUGGGAUCAGAAUUAAAACAGACUUAAUGAAAAGUAUCCCUGCCUGGACCGGAAGGUUGAAACUGCAAGUGCUUUUGUGUAUCAAAAUAUGUAAACUGGAUUUUCUGAUUUUUUUUAAAAAAAUAAUAAACAUUGUAACCCCAUGCAAUAGUCUCAACCUCAUAGCCUUUUAGUCAUAUUGAGAUGCUUUUUCAUUCAUCGAGCUCAGCUAGAAUAUCUUUUCUGUGUACCAUUUUCCAUCAUCAUUUAGGUGUUUUAAAUAUCCUGUACUGCUAAUGAAAUUACUUUCAAUAUGUCUGCAAGUGUUUCAGUAGAAUUACUAUGCACAUCUUUUCUGGGAAAUGAGAGCAGUGGGAUGCACAAAAGUAUUACUUCUUCAGUUGUCUCUAUUGACCUUGAAUUCUUUCCUUCCUUUUUUCUAACCAAAAAGAAACAAAAAACCCAGUCCUUUCUACUUCUAAGUUUUUUUUAAAAUAAUG